AUCAAUGUUUCCAAACAGGAAAAAUGGCUGGGCCAAAACCACGAAUUAUUUCUCUGACCAAGCGAGAGGGACAGGGCUAUGGCUUCUACCUCCGAGUGGAGCACGGCGAGGAGGGUCACCUGAUCCGAGCCCUGGAGAUGGGCGGCGCGGCUGAGCUGGCCGGUUUGAAGGAUGGAGACCGCAUUAUCAAAGUCAAUGGAACUUUUGUGGACAAUUUGGAGCACAGUCAGGUUGCAGAUUUGGUGAGAAAGAGUGGGAUGAGCGUCACAUUGCACGUUCUUGGAGAGGAGCCGUAUAAGACGGCCAAAGCCAAGGGUGUGAAUCUUGCCGACCCUCAGUCCCAGUCAGGUCAGAGCCCACCCACCAUGAAUGGAGUGUCUGCACCAGCCGCUAAAGCCAAACUUUGUUAUCUGCAAAAAUCCAGCAGUGGAUUGGGUUUCUCCUUAAAGUCCAUCAAAGGUACUCAUGGCAUGUUCAUGACAGAAGUGGUGUCAGGAGCAGUAGCUGAUCAGGCGGGUGUGAAGAUAGGUGAUCGUUUGGUGGAGAUAAACAGCGAAAAUGUUGAGAGUCUCACACAUGAUCAGAUUGUGCAAAAGGUGAAAGCAGCCGGUGACAGAGUGAUGCUUCUGCUGGUGGAGGAGGAUGCUGACAAAUACUUCAAGAGCAAAAGCCUUCUACCAGGGGUGGCUCAUGCCACGGUCAGGCACCUCUCACAUAAGCCACGCAUUGCAGACAUGAUCAAGAGAGCAGAUGGUUAUGGCUUCAUCCUGAAAGAAGAUCCUAAACGUUCAGGUCAUUACAUUGGAGAAAUAGACAAAGGAAGCCCUGCGGAGAGAGCAGGGCUGAAGGAUAGGGACCGACUUGUGGCUGUGAACGGAGAGGAAAUCGAUAACUGCACACAUGAGCAGGUGGUGAACAAAAUAGGUAAAGAAGGAAACAAGUGCUGCCUCCUAGUGCUGGAUGCUGAGACCGAGAAAAUGUACAAAUUGGGUGGUGCUUCUCCACUUCUGUACUGGGAGGAAAUGAGAGGAUCCCUGCCCGGCUAUCCUGAGCAUGAACCUGCUCCAGCAGUGCCUGCGCCUGUCCCAGCUGUACCUGUCCCAGCAGAUUUGGACCGCAAACCCAAACUGUGCCGACUGGAGAAGACCGCCGCUGGAUUUGGUUUCCAUCUCAAUGGCAUCCAGGGAGUUAACGGACAGUACAUCAAAGAGGUGGUGAAAGGUGGAGCAGCAGACAGAGCGGGACUGGAGGAUGAAGACAUGGUUGUGGAGGUGAAUGGGGUGAACGUGGAAAUGAGCACACAUGAGGAAGUUGUUAGCCUCAUCCGCAAGAGCGGGAACACGCUGGUCCUCUUAGUGGCUGAGAGGACAGCCUAUGACCACCUGAAAGCACAAGGGAUCGCCAUCACCCCUCAACUGCUGAAUAAAGAGCCCUCCGCUGAUGUCCCAGCACCAGCUUAUACACAAGAGGACAAGAGGAAAGACACAGAAAGUGACAGUGAAAGACCAGCCACUCCACCAGCUCAAACCCGUUCAAGGGCUUCUUCUUCUUCUUCAUCAUCAUCAUCAUCAUCAUCAUCAUCUUCUUCAGCAUCAGAUGCGAGUGAGGACGAAAGACUCUGAGCACACUACACUUUCCUGUACCAACAGAUACUUUUAAUAAUAUCACUUUAUUGUAGUGUCCUUGUUAGACAUGUUACAUGUAUACUUACUAUAUAGUCAUAACAGUAAAUUAUGCAUAAUUACAUGCAACCAGCCCUAAACCAAACCAUAUAGUAAAUACGUGUUUAUUAUAUUACUCAGUACUUAAAUAUAUAAUUACACUGUAACAAGGACACCUUAAAAUAAAGUGUAACCCUUUCAAUACUGUGAUUUAGUGACAGGUUGAUGCACUUACCUGAUAAACUGCAGAAUCUAUUAAGAGAGGAAAUGCCCAUUUGAACAAGAGACUGUAAGAACAUUGAUUAAAGAACUUUAGUAAGGAUAUCAAAUACAA